CUUGUGUAAUUAGUGUUGUUUGCAACGAUUUACAGGGAUAAUCACCAAUACCCGGUUUUAACUCACCUGUAAGGACAAAAAUAACGGAGGCAUUAUGCCGCGUUAGUUACGCAUGGGAACUAGGGAAAAAACGAGGUCAAAUCAUGACGAAUGUGAUUUUUUGGCCGGUGCUCUGAAGUCUUACUGGAGUUUCCGACUUAGAAUUCCGAAUUUGAUGACGGUUCAAAACGUAUUUCAGACGGAUAACGUUUAUCCAUUAGUUCCUGGUUGUUUUGUAACCUCGAAGUUGUCCUAACUGCGGCAUUCAUACACCGAUCCAAGCACAAGGCGUUUUAAGAUUUGUCAAGCAUCAGUGAACAAAAUGGCGUCCUACUGUAUGACUGUCACUCGGCUUCGGCUUGUCCUUGGAGGGGCAAGGCGUCUCCAUGUCUCUGCAGCCUUUAAUGCCAAGGCCAAGGUGGCCAUGAGCCGCUUUGAGCCUAGCUCCAGCAUCAACUACGAGGAGCUGCAUGAAAAAAUCAACAUUGUGCGCAAGAGGCUCAAUCGCCCCCUUACCUUGUCUGAAAAGAUUGUGUAUGGUCACCUGGAUGACCCGGCGGGGCAGGAGAUUGCCAGGGGGCGCACCUACCUGCGACUGCGUCCAGACCGCGUGGCCAUGCAGGACGCCACGGCCCAGAUGGCCAUGCUGCAGUUCAUCAGCAGUGGCCUGCCCAGGGUCGCCGUGCCCACCACCAUCCACUGUGACCACCUGAUUGAGGCCCAGAUCGGAGGGGUCGAGGACCUGAAGAGGGCCAAGGAAGUGAAUCAGGAGGUUUACAACUUCCUGGCGACAGCUGGUGCCAAGUAUGGAGUUGGCUUCUGGAAACCAGGUUCUGGAAUCAUCCACCAGAUCAUUUUAGAGAAUUACGCCUACCCAGGAGUCAUGCUGAUUGGCACAGACUCGCACACGCCCAAUGGGGGCGGCCUGGGCUCCGUCUGCAUCGGGGUCGGGGGAGCUGACGCUGUGGACGUCAUGGCUGGAAUCCCGUGGGAGCUCAAAUGUCCUAAUGUGAUCGGAGUAAAGCUGACCGGUCGCCUCUCGGGCUGGACCUCUCCCAAAGACGUCAUCCUGAAGGUGGCGGGGAUCCUGACGGUGAAAGGCGGCACGGGGGCCAUUGUGGAGUACCAUGGGCCCGGCGUUGACUCGGUUUCCUGCACCGGCAUGGCAACUAUCUGCAACAUGGGUGCUGAGAUUGGGGCCACGACCUCCAUUUUCCCAUACAACCACCGCAUGAAGACGUACCUCAACAAGACUGGACGUGCAGACAUUGCUGCCCUGGCGGACGAGUACAAGGAGGACUUGGUUCCUGACCCGGGCUGCGAGUACGACCAGGUCAUUGAGAUCAACUUGAGCGAGCUGAAACCCCAUAUCAACGGGCCGUUCACUCCGGACCUGGCUCACCCGGUGUCUGAGAUUGGCGCAGUGGCUGAGAAGAACGGCUGGCCCCUAGAGGUCAAAGUAGGUCUGAUUGGCAGCUGCACCAACUCCAGCUAUGAGGACAUGGGACGCGCUGCUUCCCUGGCCAAGCAGGCCCUAGACAGGGGCUUGAAGUGCAAAGCCGCGUUCACCGUGACCCCUGGCUCUGAGCAGAUCCGUGCCACUAUUGAGAGGGAUGGCUUUUCGCAGAUCCUGAGGGAUGUAGGCGGCGUGGUCCUCGCUAACGCUUGUGGGCCGUGCAUUGGCCAGUGGGACAGGAAGGACGUGAAGAAAGGGGAGAAGAACACUAUCGUCACCUCGUACAAUAGGAACUUCACUUCCAGGAACGACGCGAACCCUGCCACGCAUGCUUUCGUCACAUCCCCUGAGAUUGUCACAGCCCUGGCCAUUGCCGGUACCCUGAAGUUCAAUCCUGAGACUGACUACCUGGUGGGAGCCAAUGGGGAGAGAUUCAAGCUGGAGCCACCCAAUGGCGACGAGCUGCCUGCGCGUGAAUUUGACCCUGGCCAGGACACCUACCAGCACCCACCUGCUGAUAGCACCUCUGUUCGGGUGGACGUCAGUCCCACCAGCACCCGUCUGCAGCUGCUGGAGCCCUUUGACAAGUGGAACGGGAAGGACCUAGAGGACCUGCCGGUCCUGAUUAAGGUGAAGGGCAAAUGCACCACUGACCACAUCAGCGCUGCCGGCCCAUGGCUCAAGUUUCGAGGUCACCUGGACAACAUCUCCAACAACCUGCUUAUCGGAGCGGUCAACGUUGACAACAAUGCGGUCAACAAGAUCAAGAACCAGCUGACCGGAGAGUACGGGGGUGUUCCCGACGUGGCCCGUCACUACAAGGCCAGCGGUCUGUCGUGGGUGGUGGUGGGGGACGACAACUACGGCGAGGGCUCGAGUAGAGAGCACGCCGCUCUAGAGCCCCGACACCUGGGAGGCAGGGUCAUCAUCGUCAAAAGCUUUGCCAGGAUCCACGAGACCAACCUGAAGAAGCAGGGCAUGUUGCCCUUGACCUUUGCCGACCCGGCAGACUACGACAGAAUCCGGCCUGAUGACAAGAUCUCCAUCACAGGCCUCGCAAACUUCUCCCCCGGCAAGCCCCUGAAGGGAGUGGUGAAGCACGGUGACGGCAGUCAGGACAUCAUCACCCUGAACCACACCUUCAAUGACAACCAGAUUGAGUGGUUCCACGCCGGCAGCGCCCUCAACAGGAUGAAGGAGCUGCAGUAGCUGAAUGGGUGUUGGCAACCUGCAUUCACUGUUGGCUGUUGGGUGAUAGCUGCCUCCCUAGUGUAUUUUUUUUAUAUAUAUAGAAAUAAAUAAAACAUGCACAAAUGUCACUGUCCAAAUGCGCACAUGCAGAUAGGAUUACUGUGAAAGCAGUCCGCACACACACACUCUUACCACAAAUAUAAACAGCUGGAGCAGUGUAUGCACAGGCACAAAUAGAACGCACAUAAAAACAGUUUGUCUUUGUUUUAGUCGAGUAUUUAAGUGCUCCUGUUCUAGGCCGCACCUCUCGUGUUGACGGAACUUCCUGUUUCUGUAGAAAUCACAUUUGCACCGCUAGUGCUGCAUGAUUCAUCUCACACAGUCAGUUCUCAGUGUCUGGUCUGUAGCCUGAAGCUUGUGCACAUUCCUGCCCUUCUUCACUGUUAGUUCAGUUUUAGCUUUAUCUUCACUAGUAAAAAAUAGUCAUGUAAGCAAUCCUAGAGAUUCACGGUAGGAGAGGGGCUUACCGUGAAUCGUGGAAAGCCGGCUCAUGUCUGAUAGGGAGAGAAAGUGUAUGGAUGUGUCCCUCCCAUUCCCAAAAUGUUGAACUCUUCUCGGUUAAAUGUUGCUAGUGAAGAUGGCUGUUAUUUGUUUGGUUCCAUCUUUUGCCCAGCGUCGUUCUAGUGGGUCUAAGUAUCAUCCGGUCUUUGCUGCGACUGACCUGAAUUGACAUGUUUUCUCCUGUCAUUAGCAGGAGCAGGUCCCCUAACCUGGUUACCCAGGGCUAAUCACUGUACUGAUAGUAGAUUAAAGGCAUCAAUGGAACCAUUCUGUUUUGUGGCCCCAGGAGACCGUUGUAUUGACUUGUGUUGCUCAGUUCAAUCCUUGUACUGUGUAGUGUACACUGACUUCUUUGUAGUUAUUUUUUUCUAUUGUACUGUGUCUCUUGACACAGAAUCCAUUUUAACCCAUGAAAUGGCUGUAUAGUUUGGACUGUUUGUCACUCCUCUGCAUUCCACACUCAGAUUCCCCUCACUCUCUGCUGCUGCUUUUACAUUUUGCUGAAACUGCUAUGUGGUACUACAUUUUGCCACUUGGUGGAAAUCUUGUUAUUAUUGGUAUUGGUUUUGCUUUGAUCGAACCCCAUUAAAUGGGCACCAUUUUCCAGAGUAGCCAGCUUAGGCAAGAGAAUAAAGAUAGUGGCAGAGCGUGAGCCGCACGUAAACAUUGAUUUGGGCCUGUUUGUAAAUGAUGUGAUGUAGCGGCACAAUGAAUAGGGGUUUGUACGUAAAUGUUAUAUACUGUAUAUUGUGAAUGUAGAGACAAGGUGGACAAUAGCUGUCUGUUGGAUGUAGGGCCUUUUCUUAUCUUAACCAAAUAUAACAUAUAAAAAUCAUUGAAAUUCCCAUCUGUUGUUUAUAUCCAUUAUGCCUCAUGACUCAUCUCAUGGCCACUUAAGAGAUUCAAAAUGGAAAAGUGAAUGACUGUUGAAGCACUAAAAUAGGGUUGUACUGUGUGUUUGAGUGUGGUUGAGUGGUCUGACCUGGAUGAAUGUAUAGUGGUCUGACUAUAUUUUGUACAGAGGUCUGCAUCCAGGGUGAAUGUUGGAGAUUUGACAAUGUAAGGAGAAAUGAUUUAGGUGAGACAGUUCUUGAUUGGAAUUGUGUGUUAUUUCUAUUUUUUUUGCGGGGAUCGCUUUUAACCCAAAGGUUUUUUUUUACUAAAUGGUUUCCCCUUUAUUUCUCUAUAACUGAAUUUCCUGGUCAUGUAAAUGAUUGAGUAUGAUGUGGAACAGGGUAAUGACUACGGUGAUCAAGUUUGUGUCUGUGGUUUGCUUCUAAUUGUUUUCUCAAUUCAUUAAUAUAUUCUAACAUAUUCAAGUUAUAUAUUCAAGCACUUUCUAAAGAACUAUCCAUGGACUAGCUUGUGUAUUCCUGUGAUGUAACAAUCCUGAUCCCUGGUUCUUACAGUAUUUCUGCGUUUAUGAAAUAAUAAUGUGAUGUCACAAUACUUCAUGUAAGCAUUUUAAUAGAUAUUGCUGAUCCAUUUUGAACCACUUUCAAUAAAAAUAAUUUUAAAAACGUAUAAUUGUUUAGAUGUGGCAAACAAUGUUUACACAGGCCAGCCAAUUUUGACACUAAUUGGGCAAACAAUCAGAAUUUGGUGUCCUGUGUAAGCAAGCCAUUGAAACGGAGGAACCCAUUGUCAGACAGAAGGCAAGUUCCUAUGCUUAGACUUUUGGCAAACCAUGUUAUGUUUUAGCAAUCGGUCAGUCUGACAGUGUUGAAUUCCCCUUCACUGAUUCCAUUUGAAAGUUUAUUUUGUAUUGGUUGAUUUGUAUGCUUGUGUUUCAUUUGCAACAUAAGAGAUCUCAGAACAAUGUCUAUAUAAAUGGUCAAUAAAUAUUAAAUAAAGACAAAAAGUAUUGAUCACAUUUCUUAAUUGUUUUUAGCAUUUGUUUCAAAUAGUGAGUGUAUUAACUAUUACAUUUGAAUACUACAAUUUUAUGCACUGUGAAUAUAUCAUCCCUUUGCUUAUUAGUGAGGGUUUCCCAGACACGGAUUGAGCCUUGUCCUGGACUAAAAAUAACACCACCGAUGUUGGUCCAAUGCUUAAUUUGUUGAAAUAAAAAAUCCUCAAACUU